AAAAACUGGAGGAGUGAUUGAAUUGAACAAGUUUAGAAAAAAAAAAAAGUUGAGUGUUGUUACGAAAUCUGAAGCGAUUGAAUGUGGAUGACAUGGUUCGCGCGUCGGUGAAAGUUGGUUCGGCGAAGCUGGUUGUGAUCUGCGUUGGUCUUUUAGGUUUUGCUCUUGUUGCCGAUUUUCUCUGGGCUUCUUCUUCUUCUUCAUCUUCUGUUUGGAGGACUUCUUCUUCUUCUUCCACCAUUAUUGUUCCCAACAAGAAGAAGGAUAAGGAUGCUGAUGGUGUUUCGGGAAGAAUCCUAUCGGCGGCUUAUGCCGAUUUGCCUGGCCGAGAACUGACGUGGCAAAAGAUGGCAGCUGCACCUGUUCCUCGUCUUGAUGGAGCUGCUAUUCAGAUUCGAAAUCUUCUUUUUGUUUUUGCUGGUUACGGCACCAUUGAUUUUGUACAUUCACAUGUUGAUAUAUAUAAUUUUACUGAUAAUACUUGGGGAGAAAGAUUUGACAUGCCAAAAGAAAUGGCACAUUCGCAUUUAGGAAUGGUAACGGAUGGAAGAUACAUUUAUGUAGUCACAGGACAGUAUGGCCCGCAGUGUAGAGGUCCCACAGCUCGUACAUUUGUUCUUGACACUGAAACAAAGCAAUGGAAGGAUCUCCCUCCUUUGCCAGUCCCUAGAUAUGCACCAGCAACUCAACUUUGGAGGGGUAGACUGCAUGUGAUGGGUGGGAGUAAGGAGAAUCGACAUACCCCUGGAUUAGAACACUGGAGUCUUGCUGUAAAGGAUGGAAAAGCAUUAGAAAAGGAUUGGAGAAGUGAGAUACCAAUUCCCCGUGGAGGACCUCAUAGGGCUUGUGUUGUGGUUGAUGAUCGUCUUUAUGUCAUUGGUGGUCAAGAAGGUGACUUUAUGGCCAAACCUGGGUCACCUAUUUUUAAGUGCUCACGCAGGCUGGAGGUGGUCUAUGCUGAUGUUUACAUGCUGGAUGAUGAGAUGAAGUGGAAAGUGCUACCUCCAAUGCCAAAACCGAACUCACAUAUUGAAUUUGCUUGGGCGCUUGUUAACAACUCCAUUGUCAUUGUUGGAGGCACAACAGAGAAGCACCCUGUAACCAAGAAGAUGGUUUUAAAUGGAGAAGUAGUCCAGUUUAACUUAAAUACUUUGAAGUGGUCAGUGAUUGGAAAAUUACCAUACCGGGUGAAAACUACUUUAGUUGGAUUUUGGAAUGGAUGGUUGUACUUCACUUCAGGACAGCGAGACAAGGGACCUGAUGAUCCAUCCCCAAAAAAGGUCAAUGGAGAUAUGUGGAGAACAAAAUUAAAGUUGAAUGUGUGAGCAAUUGCUGUGUAAUCUUUUAGUAGCCUCUUAUUCCUCCAAAAUUGCAGCAGAGGUGAAGAGGCCAAAAUUUUACUCAUUCUUUGUCACUAAAAUAUUCAUUGUUGUAAUUCACUGAGAAUGACUGUAAUUCAAUUACACGUUGAUAGUUAUCACCUACCUUUUCCGAAAUUUUUACCAAUCGCCUUUUGUACUUUCCCCUUAUGAAUUUGGU